AUGUUUACGAAAACUACUCUCUUCGUCUUUUCCCUGCUUCUUGCAUUUUUUGCUGUUAAUGCUACCGCGGAAGGCGUCCAGAAGCGCCAGGUCGACAGCGUCAUCAAUUCCAUAACCUCAGACAUAGGUUCAGUUGCCUCUCAGGCUACUGCCGGAGCUGCGUCUGUCUUCAGCGAUGUAACGUCGUUUGGUGGGAGUAUUGCAACUAUUGUCACAUCCGCUGGAGGAGAGGCUUUCACCAUCGUGACUUCUGAGGGGGGCAAGGGCAUUACUCUCGCCACGAGUGGUUUCGGCGUAGUCACGACCUUCGCGGGCUCGGUCUACACUGAGGCAACUGGAGCUGGUGGCUCUGCUCUCACAGGCUCACCUACCUCUACCUCCGGCGCACAAACCUUUACAUUCUCCAUGCCGCUGCUCACUGGACUUGCUGUCGUGCUCAGCGGUGUCUUCGCCGGUGCAUGGGUGACACUCUAA